GCCCAGCUCUCAAGUGUGCGGGGGAGGAGCGCAAAGGGUAUAAAAGAGCGACGUGCGGUUCAGGAGAUCAUUGUAAGGGCUCAGUCAUCGUCAAACAUGAGACUCAACCCUCAAUCAGUGUGCAGGAUCAUCUUGCUGGCUGCUUGCUGUGUGCUGAACACAGAGAGCACGUUUGUUCCGGGAAGAUGUUUGUGUCCUGAGACACAAGCCGGCGUGAGAGGCAAACUUCAGGAACUCAGCGUGUACCCCAAGAACCCAAACUGCGACAAAGUCACCGUGAUAGUGACACUGAAGAGCACCAAUGAACCUGUGUGUCUGAGUCCAGCUGCUCCGAUGGGAAAACAACUUAUUCGAUGCUGGAAUAGAGCAAGUUCUCUGGGCCGCAACGUUAAGUUGUGUCUGAGGAGAAGGAAGAGGAGAGGUCAACGCCAGCGUUCCCGACACCUUGGGAGAGCCGCAGAUAAACGCCAGUAGUGGAAACUGCAUGCAGCUACCAUACAAGAAGGGAGUGCGUGUAGAUUGGACUUUGUUAUAUAAACUGACAUCGGGGCCCUUAAAAAAAAAAGCAUUUUCCAUUUAGUGUCAGAACAGCUCAGGUUCUGUUGUCUGCUUGACAUGAGAUUGUCUUUUAUACAUACUAGCAGUAAGAGACUAUUUAUGUUCACUAAACAGCCCUGGAGGCUAAAUGUUAAUUAACGUCCAUAGCUUGCAGUCAAUAUUGUUUAAGUGUGUGUUUUAUUUAUUUAUUUUUUACAACAACAUGUUCACUGUUUUGUAAAUAAACCUUUAAAAGUGUGAAA